AUGGCUUCUGAAGCUAGCCACCACUCAUAUUCUUCACUUCACUUUGUUCUCUUCCCCUUUAUGGCUCAAGGCCACAUGAUUCCCAUGGUUGAUAUUGCAAGGCUUUUGGCUCAGCGUGGUGCGACCAUAACAAUCAUCACAACGCCGCACAACGCAGCGAGGUUCAAGAACGUCGUAAACCGAGCCAAUCAGUCGGGGUUGCUCAUCAACCUAUUGCAUGUCAAGUUUCCAUAUCAAGAAGCUGGCUUGCCAGAAGGACAAGAGAAUCUAGACUUGCUUGAGUCGUUGGCGUCGAUGGCAACUUUUCUUGAUGCGGUUAACAAGCUAGAAGAACCGGUCCAGAAGCUAAUGGAAGAGAUGACACCUCGACCAAGCUGUAUAAUUUCUGAUAUUUGUUUGUUUUAUACAAGCAAAAUCGCUAAGAAGUUCGAUAUCCCAAAGAUCGUUUUCAGUGGCUUGUCUUGCUUUUGCAUUCUGUGUACGCAUGUGUUACGCAAGAACCGUGAGAUCCUGGAGAAUUUGACGUCAGACAAAGAGUAUUUCCUCGUUCCUUCUUUCCCCGACAGAGUGGAAUUUACGAAACUUCAAGUUCCUGUCGAAACAUAUGCUGAUCAUAGAGAGUGGAAAGUGUUUAUGGACAAUUUGGUACAAGCGGAUAACACAUCAUAUGGUGCCAUCAUCAACACAUUUCAAGAGCUGGAACCCGCUUAUGUCAAAGACUACAAAGAGGCUAGGGCUAGUAAAGUAUGGCCCAUUGGACCUGUUUCCUUGUGCAACAAGUUAGGAGCGGAUAUAGCUGAGAGGGGGAAUAAGGCAGCCAUAAACCAAGACGUCUGUCUUAAAUGGCUUGACUCUAAAGAAGAAGGGUCGGUGUUAUACGUUUGCCUUGGAAGUAUAUGCAAUCUUCCCCUGGCUCAGCUCAAGGAGCUGGGGCUAGGCCUAGAGGAAUCCAAUAGACCUUUCAUUUGGGUCAUAAGAGGUUGGGAGAAAUACAAAGAGCUAGAUGAGUGGAUCUCGGAUAGCGGAUUUGAAGAAAGAAUCAAAGAGAAGGGACUUCUCAUCAAAGGAUGGGCUCCUCAAAUGAUUAUCCUUUCACAUCCUUCUGUUGGAGGGUUCUUAACGCAUUGCGGAUGGAACUCAACUCUAGAGGGGAUAACUUCUGGUAUACCGUUGCUUACAUGGCCCCUAUUUGCAGACCAAUUCUGCAACGAGAAAUUGGUCGUGCAGGUACUGAAAGCUGGUGUGAAAGUCGGGGUUGAGCAGCCUAUGAAAUGGGGAGAAGAGGAGAAAAUAGGAGUGUUAGUGGAUAAAGAAGGUGUGAAGAAGGCAGUGGAAGAAUUAAUGGGUGAGAGUGAUGAUGCCAAAGAGAGAAGAAGGAGAGCCAAAGAGCUUGGGGAAUUAGCUCACAAUGCUGUGGAGGAAGGAGGCUCCUCUCAUUCUAACAUCACAGUCUUCUUACAAGACAUAAUGCAACAAGCACAGUCCAAGAAAUAA